GCUUGACUUCGCCAGCUUUGUCUCCAAGAUAUCGUGGGCACCCAUCCCUGCCAAUAAAUCUCAGCUCCUGCAGCCACACAAUACAAGCCGUGUUUAGUCGUCUGAAUUUUGAUAUCUCACCUCGCACAAAAAGCGAAACUGGCUGCAGCCAAGCCCCACAUCCGUCUCACGAAACCAUGGACAUUGGUCCGCUUCCUCUUGCUCAGGUACGCGAGAUUUGCGUUGGUCUUUCACGAGAGGGAGAGGCUGUAUCGCGAGGCUGGUAUUGGGGAUCUCUUGUUAUCUGUGCUUCCAGAAGGCGUUGCCAAGUGGGCUCAAUGUGGAUGGCUACGAUUUGGUGCUGAUUAGAGUUUGUUCUGCAUCUGAUCUGGGUGUUUAUCAAGCCAUAUUUCUUGUGUUCAUCUCAACCUGUUUUCUCCCGUCCCUAUCUUUUCGAGGUUUGGAUCUGUAUUUGUAUUGAGAUAUGAUGAUCUGUUGAUCGUCCGUCCGAUUUUCACAUAAAUAGGUGUAAUCAUGUGGUGUCAAAAGUCAAUUUCGUUCUGCUUCAUUACUUUAUAUUCCACAGUAUCUGCUCUGGCGUUCAACAACUUCCCAGCUGAGGCAACGGCUGCGAGCAAUGUCCUCCUCAACCUUGACUUCCCAGCGCCGACACCAGCUCCAUCAGAUUAUGAAUUGCGUCGUCGACAAGAAGCCCAGAGAACAUUGUUAUUAGGACCUGAUGCUACGUGUGGAUAUUUUGGCGGUAAUGCCACACAACCAUGGGGCUGCACAGCCAGCUCCACCUGUGCCUUCGCAACACCUACGGUCCAGGUCGUAGACUCAACAACCACGACAGCACCGGGUAGCGUUCUUUGCUGCGACUCUGCAUCUGGAUGUCCUACUACGCCAGGCCCGACGUCAUGUGUGGAUAAAGCACGCUUUGAUGUCAAGACCGCCUGCACGGGGUCUUGCCUAGAGGAUGAGAAAGUGUUGAAAUGUACAUCAGGAAUCUACAUCUUCUGCAACACAAUCACCUUUCCCACCCCCUCCCUUUCCGCCUUCUUCUGCAACUACAUCAGCAACUACGCCCCCGUCCCCGCACUGACAGCCAUCUCCGGCCAAGGCGGUCGCGAAUUCACUCCGACCAUCCAAGCUCUUCCUCCCGCGACUACUUCUCCGUCAAGCUCAAGCUCAGUCGUAGCUUCUUCCGUCGUAGCAUCGUCAACUUCCGGAGAGAGUUCCGCGGCUACAGCGACUUCGAAUACGUCGGCUGUUGGAAGUGAGGAUGGAGGGGGAGGUAAGAAAGGGGCGAAUAAGGGUGCGAUCAUUGGUGGUGUGGUGGGAGGUGUUGCGGGUUUGGCGUUGCUUGCUGCUGGGGUAUUUUUUGUGCUGAAAAGGAGGAGGAGGAAUGUAGGGACUGGUGAAGAGGCUGUAAUUUCUGAAGACGGCAUUGAUGCUCAGGCUGCUAAAGAUACGGGUUCGAGUCGUGGUAGUGAGAAUGGGGAGGGUGAAGGCAAAGUGCCUGUGGUGGAGGAGAAGAAGGUGGAGGGGAAGUGA